ACACAGCCCCCACCAUUAGCUGGGAUGGUGCACAUUUGACAUGAGCUGGUCAGAAAAUUAUGCCUUCCACAAAGGUGCCUCUGGGCCUGAGGCAGGGCAGGACUGCUAUAAAAGGCAGCCCAAGUCUCUGCUCUCUCAACCACUUCUCUCACCUCCUUCUCCUCAGGAAUCCUCAGGUGCACCUGUGACCCCGAGCCAUGUCCUGCUGCAAGCCCUGCGACCCUUGCUGCCAGCCCUGUGGACCCUGCCCGCUGGGCAGCAGCUGCAAUGAGUGCUGUGUCAGGCAGUGCCAGGAUUCCCACGUGGCCAUCCAGCCCUCGGCCGUGGUGGUGACCCUGCCCGGCCCCAUCCUCAGCUCCUUCCCACAGAACACCGUGGUGGGAUCCUCCACCUCUGCUGCUGUUGGCAGCAUCCUCAGCUGUGAUGGAGUGCCCAUCAGCUCUGGAGGCUUUGACCUCUCCUGCAUCACCAACUGCUAUGGUGGCAGCAGAUGUCGUCCCUGCUAAAUCUGCUGGCAAAUCCUCGGGCAAGAACCUCCAAGUUCUCUGAACAUGGUUUUGUGCAGAGAUAGAGCUUUGGGACAUUUACAGCUUCAUUUACAUUUACAGCUUCAACGCAUUAUUCCCUUCUACUUUUCUUUGUCCUCUAUUUUCUGUCCCAUGUCUUC